AUGGAAGAGGUACCUUUAUUUGAUCGCGACAUUUCACUAAAAGAGCGGGGGCUUAUUGAGACUCUGUCAGAGAUUUACUCCAUCAUAAUUACUGUUGAUCAAGUAGAGAAACUGUACUUGAAAGAUGUAAUAGAAAAUGAAAAUGCUUAUACGGUUCUUACAAAUAAACUACUAGCGCAAUAUAAUACAUUGCUGUCAAAUAAUGAAAACGAUUCCGAUUUUAAAGAGAAAUUCGGUAACUCCAUAACUGAGUUCAGCGAAAAGUAUAAUAUAAUAGCGCCUAAUGGGGUAAUACGGUUGGAAAAAGGUAUACCUAUGACCGUUGAACAUAUGAGCAAUAGUCAAAGUGAUUCAGGGAUGGCAAAAAACAAUAUCAAUAGCAAACACGUUGCAGAAGCAACAGGGAAUUUUAUUACGGUGAUGGAUGCAAUUAAACUGAAUUAUAGAGCCAAGGACCAAUUACAUCCAUUACUUGCUGAAUUGCUGUUAAGCAUCAACCGAAUCGGUGGUUUGCAUUCGAAUGAUAUGAGUAACGGGGAAAAAGGAUCAGAUAGAACUUUCGGAGAAAAUAAGAAGAAAUUGGUAGAAUGGAUUGUGAAGAUAAACAAGAUGAAAAUGAGUGAAGAACUUGAUGAAAAAGAGGCUAAAGAACUGCUAUUUGAUCUCGAUAUUGCAUACAAAAGCUUCUUUGCAAUGCUUAACUGA